UAAGUAAUAAAAGAGGAAAUGCGAGUUUAAAUUUAAAACAUAAGACUAUAACUAUAUAUCUGGAUGAGUCCGAUUUGUGGACUGCGGUGUGAAUGUGUCUCCCAGUGAAGGUGUCAUAGCGCUGUGACGUGUUUAUCCUCUUUAGGACAGCUGUCUGGAUUUAGAUAGUGAUGACCAUAAUCUCAUUUGGCAGCCAAGCAGAGAAACUCUGAGCUCUGCACACGUUCAGCCCUCAAACGCAGGAAAGGAGGAAGAUCUGAGGCAGGAUGGGGAACACCAAGAGCAGCGCCUUGUCCAAGGAGCUCCUGGAGGAACUCAAGUCCAACACCAAGUACUCCGAGGCGGAGCUGUGCACCUGGUACCAGUCCUUCCUGAAGGAGUGUCCCAGCGGGAAGAUCACCAAGGAGCAGUUCGAAGGAAUCUACGCCAGCUUCUUCCCGGGCGCCGACCCCACAGCGUACGCACGCCAUGUUUUCAGGAGCUUCGACACCAACGCAGACGGCACCCUGGACUUUAAGGAGUACAUCGUCGCUCUGCACCUCACCUCUGGAGGAAAGACUCUGCAGAAGCUGGAGUGGGCCUUCGCCUUGUACGACGUGGACGGCAACGGAACCAUCAGCAAGAACGAGAUCCAAGAGAUCGUUAGGUCGAUAUUCAACAUGAUCCCAGCCGACGACCAGACGAAACUCCCCGAAGACGAAAACACUCCAGAGAAGAGAGCUGAAAAAAUCUGGGCAUUUUUCGGAAAGAAGGAAAACGAUAAAAUCACGGAGGGCGAAUUCAUCCAGGGAGUGAUGGACAACAAGGACAUCCUGCGCCUGAUACAGUACGACGAACCUCAGAGAAUCAAAGACAAGCUGAAAGAGAAGAAGCAAUAAUUCAGGAGCUAACGUCGUGAUUUAAGACUGUUGAUCAUUAUUUUUGUUGACCUUUUUAAUUUGCCUGUUUACGUCUUUUCUUCUGUGAGCUCUGUUCUGGUGACCAGCUAAAGCAAUGAAUUAAUCACCUGGUGAUAGUGACCAAGCCUGCAGCUUCAGAUUAGCUAACGGGUAAUUAAUCCGGGGCAGCCUUUAAAUCCUGUUAGAGCUUUUAUAUGAAAACUUGUACAAACUUUGCAGUUCAUGAUGUUAUUAAAAGUGAUUACCUUUGUGUAUUGGAUAUCUCACCCAGUUUAGCUUGUCUGCCCGCCAUGAUGCCUCCAGCUAAUUACCGUUAGCGAUCAGAGCUGCGUGUUUUUUUUCACACUUUGGUUCAUUCAUUAGCCUAAUUGUGAAAAAGUCAGAACUAGAGCUUCUUAUGUGGGGAAUUAGGCUCAGGUUAACAGUCCGCCUGCAUCAACCAAUCCUAUUAAAAGCUGAAGGUCAGUUGAGACACUCGCGUAUUAGCAUGUGUGCUAAGAGUCCAGGCAGGAUAAUAGGGGCUUAACAACACUUUGCUUGAAUAUGUAUAUAAUUUAUACCUAUUUCUAACGGCACAAUUCACUUAUUUAUUUAUUUAACCGCAAUUUAUCUAACAGAAAGAAGUUAGAAAAAAAUAUUGGCAGAAAUCUGUUUACAGCAAUAAUUAAUGUUCUGGAAACUUUUGCCUUUGAGUGUCAGGAAUAAAUGUUCAGCCAUUUGGAUC